CAUUAUCUUGUCUCCUUUCUGAUAUUAGGAGCACUGAACCAAUGAUUGAGGCAAGAAAUAUUACAGAGGUCACCCACUUCGUCCUGCUGGGAUUCUCAGAUUUUCCCAGAAUCAUAGCAGUGCUCUUUGUCAUAUUCCUGGUGAUCUACAUUAUGACUCUGACUUGGAACCUGUGCCUCAUUGUUUUAAUAAGGAUGGAUUCCCACCUCCAUACACCCAUGUAUUUCUUCCUCAGCAGCCUGUCCUUCAUAGAUGUCUGCUAUGUCAGCUCCACAGUCCCCAAGAUGCUCUCCAACUUCUUCCAGGAGCAGAAAACUAUCACCUUUGCAGGUUGCAUUGUGCAAAACUUUGUCUUUUCGACGAUGGGACUGAGUGAGUCUUGUCUCAUGACGGCCAUGGCUUAUGACCGCUAUGCUGCCAUCUGUAACCCCCUCCUCUAUUCAUCAAUCAUGUCACCCAGCCUCUGUGUUCGGAUGGUGCUGAGAUCCUACAUGGCCGGACUCACUGCUUCUUCAGCCCAAAUUGGUACUUUGUUUCAGCUCCACUUCUGUGGGCCUAAUGUCAUCAUCCACUUCUUCUGUGACAUGCCCCAGCUGUUAAUCCUGUCCUGCACUGACACCUUCUUUGUACAGGCCAUGACUGCUGUAUUAACAAUUUUCUUUGGGAUAGUAAAUGCACUAGUUAUCCUGAUAUCCUAUGCCUAUAUUGCCAUCUCCAUCAUGAAGAUCACUUCAGCUAAAGGCAGGUCCAAGACAUUCAACACCUGUGCUUCUCAUCUGACAGCUGUGUCCCUCUUCUAUACGUCAGGUAUGUUUGUCUAUUUGAGUUCCAGCUCUGGUGCUUCCUCCAGCUUUGACAGAUUUGCAUCCGUCUUCUACACAGUGAUGAUUCCCAUGUUGAAUCCCUUGAUUUACAGUCUGAGGAACAAGGAAAUCAAAGAUGCUUUGAAGAGGUGCCAGAAGAGAGGGCACUGCUAAGGUUACAGAUUCUCAGAUUUCUGACAGAUUUGGCUUGUCAGAAUCACC